CUGUGCACCAGCCUGAGCAGGUCUGAGACGCGCCCUUCCGUUAGACAUGAAUCCACGAAGACUCGUGUAGGAUAUCUGGAGGUCUCAGGAUGAUGCGCUUUCUGCUGCUGUUCAGUCGUCAGGGGAAGUUGCGGCUGCAGAAGUGGUUCACGGUGCUCAGCGAUCGGGACAAGAGGAAGAUCAUCCGAGACCUCACGCAGAUGGUGUUGUCCCGCCCGCCCAAAGCCUGCAACUUCCUGCCAUGGAGAGAUCUGAAGAUCGUCUACCGCAGGUACGCCAGUCUGUAUUUCUGCUGUGGUUUAGAGCAAGAAGACAAUGAGCUGCUCACACUGGAUAUUCUGCACAGAUAUGUGGAGCUGCUGGACCAGUACUUCGGCAAUGUGUGUGAACUAGACAUAAUUUUUAACUUCGAGAAGGCUUAUUUUAUCCUGGAUGAGUUUGUUAUUGGUGGAGAAGUGCAGGAAACAUCCAAAGCUUCUGUGGCCAAAUCAAUGGAGGAGGCCGAAUCACUUCAGGAGACGAUGGAGGAAUAUUUAAGCAAACCCACUUACUGAAGGACAAUUUACAGUCAACACCUCAGUCCACAGAAACAGAUAGCUAUUUCCCUACAUAGUCCCCCAAUAUAGUCCACUUAAAAGAGUGUAAAUGAAAUGAGUGAGUGAACUGGAGCUCUUGAGUGCACUGAAGAGACACCGUUUUAUUUGUGGCUGUGUCCGAAAUCACAUACUUCGCUACUGCAUCGUACGUGAUAAACACUGAGCUGAGUAGUGUGUUUGAAUUCAUAGUAUUGGAAAAACAGUAUGCGAGAAGUACUAAAUCAGAUUCCUAUUAU